AUGUGUGGACCUAACCUUCUUCCCCCUGGACACGGAAUGCAGAGCCAGCAGGGCUUCGCAAAGGUUGGGAGUUUCCGGGGCGUCUAUGCAGGGGUCCCAUCAGCUGCCAUCGGCUCUUUCCCCAAUGCUGCUGCGUUCUUUGUCACUUAUGAAAGCAUCAAGACCCUGCUCGGAGCCCACAGAGCCCUCUCAGCCCCGUACAAGGUACCUGUCAGUCACCCAGACUUCCUGGGAGAAAUAGUCCCAUGUCUGAUCAGUGUGCCUACUGAGGAGGUGAAGCAGAAGACUCAGGCCUUGCUGUCCUCCAACACCUACCAGGUGCUGCUGGCCACCCUCAGAGAAGAGGGUGUCAGAGGCUUGUACAGGGGUGUCAGGAGUGCAGUACACAGAGAGGAAGGCUUCUGUCUUAUGAAGUUUCCACUGUGGGAGUAUGUAACGACUCAGUGGUCAUGGAGGCAAGGUCACACACCCUUUUUUUGGCAGGCUGCAGUGUGCGGAGCUUUUGCAGGUUUAUGCGCUGGAGUAGAAGCGUUGGUCACUAAUCCUCUGGACGUGGCUAAGAACAGGAUCAUGUUGGACAAGGCUGGGACUAGUGUAGCGAGUAGAAACAUUCCACUGGUGAUGCUAGAUGUGUGGAAGAGUAGGGGCUUGACAGGUUGA